AUGAGGUCUCUAGCUGCCCUCGUUCUGCUUCCCCUCCUCGCCGAGGCUGCGGGAAGCGAAAAUGUCAAGAGACAGCAGCAGUGCACAAACGACAGCUGCUAUCGUGCUGUUUCCCCUGCCAGCCGUAGGCAAGACUGCCAGAACUUCAUCGGCACGACAACGGUCACUGGGGAUCUCACCCUCGAGACCGCGUUUGUUACCAUCGCUGUCACAGGCGUUGUGGACGAGUUUGCCACUGGUACUGUGGUUGUACCCGUCACCGCCCAGGAAACUCAACAAAUAACCAACACCUUUACGAGCUAUGUCGCAACCGUGACUUCUACGGUAUCUCAGGCAGCACCAACGGAUGUCUCGCCGAAUCUGGCUAAGAAAAGGUGGGCCAAGAGACAAUGGGACUGGAGCUGGUGGUUGAACGGUGCCAAGAUGCCCGGCGGAUAUCCCAUGUACGCGGCGACAUGCUGGGAUACAUCCCGUUACGUCAGCGCCUGCAACUGCGCCGGCGUCAACACGCAGACCGUGACGCUCCCAGGACCGGUGUCGACGACUACAUUCACCGUCUUCUCUACGGGCUCAUUCCAGACCAACGUCAACACCGUCGGUCAAAACACUGUGACGAAUGUUGUUGGUACCAACGUUGCCACGCAGACCGUCAGCACAGUCGUCCAGGCCACGCAGACCGUGGUGGUUACUGAAACGGAGGGCGGCAACCCCCAGACGACUGGGUCCCCGAGCGGCUUGACUACCUCGGUCACUCCCUCCGUGAGCGAGGCUGCCAGCUCGACGUGGUCAUCGUUCAGUGAUUUCACCAGCUCGACGUGGUCCUCGUUCAGUGAAGCUGCCGGCUCGACGGUGAUAUCGAGCAACUCCACACAGCCUCCCAUCACCCAACAGACACAGACAGUCAUCGCCACCGUCACCGGUUCUCUUUCGGACCAGUCCAAGGCCACCCAGUCGCUUUCCAGCGCCAUAGCCUCGGACUUCCCCACGUCCAUCCUCACGGCCAACAGCACUUUUGCUACGUCCACCAAGACCGCGACAGCGACCCCAAUCCCAACGGGCAUCGCCAGGAGCUUCCACCUCAAGGUGCAAAGCGGACCCCUGGCCAACAGCUACCUCGUCCUGCAGGCCUGGAGGGACCUGGGCGCCGCCAACGGCGGCGAGGCGUACCUGAUCACGUUCGCGGGCGGCAAUAACGGAACCACGGCGGCGCCGUCGCUGUGGGCCAUGGGCGGCGGUACCGACAUGCCGGACACGAGCAGCUCGAGCAUCUACGCCGUCGACGCCGCGGCCAUGGGCAAGGUCAUAGUUGCGACGGUGGGCAUGAACUCGCGCCUCGCCGUCGCGGCCCCGGGAGCCGGCGCCGCCUACCUCGCGUCGGACCUGCUCCAGUGCGCCAUCGAUGCCUCCAACACGGUCACCUGCCAGGAGGCGGGUACCGCCGGUGCGCCGUACAACCAGCUCGGAAACUGCGGCGAGGACCUGGGCAUCUUCAAGGGCUCCAACACGUGCGGUGGUGGCACAUUGUUUGCGCUCACUGCAGAGUACGUGUAA